CGUCAACAAAACGUCAUCAGCUGUACGAAAAAUAUUUCGUCAUCGAUCCGAUACGUAUCGUGAAAACUUUAUAUUUUGAAUUUAUCAAUUGUAACUAGACUUAUCCAAGCUGGCAUCAAGAAGGCUGUUUUUCGUGGGCAUCCACAGCUUUUCACCGACUAUAUCAUAUCGCGCCACGUUCAAUAGGUUAGGUUUUAUCUAACCCUAUUUUAUUUAUAAGAAUAAAUCUUAUUUUUUAAAUUAUUUUACAAACUUGUCGUUGUGUUAGUGUGAGAAUCCUUUACCUUUUGCUUGUACAGCUUAGCUGACUUCAACUUUAAGCUACGCGUACCAGAGACGCAGCCAUUCGGGUAUGUCUACGCCGCAGCUCGCGCGGCAGCCGCCGGGGCGGGGGCCCGCGGCUCCCCGGAGUCCCCCGGGCUCCGCUGGCGGGCAGGACGUUGUCAAAAGAUACGACAACAUCGUGAAAUCUCAGGAGGACAAGAGGGAGUAUAGAGGAUUAGUUCUGGCGAAUCGUCUAAAAGUUCUACUGGUCAGCGAUCCCACUACAGAUAAGUCAGCUGCCGCCCUUGAUGUCAACGUGGGAUAUUUGAGUGACCCCGAUGAGUUGCCAGGUUUAGCGCACUUCUGUGAACACAUGCUGUUCCUUGGAACGGAGAAAUACCCCGAGGAGAAUGAAUACAACAAGUUUCUAUCCGAGCACGGUGGUUCAUCGAAUGCCUCUACUUCAUCAGACCACACCACAUACUAUUUCGAUGUAUUGCCGGCACAUUUAUCCGGUGCUUUAGACAUAUUCGCCCAAUUCUUCAUAUCUCCCCUAUUCACGGAAUCUGCAACAGGCCGCGAGUUGUCGGCCGUAAACUCUGAACACGAGAAGAACACAUCUUCCGACACUUGGAGAUUGGAUCAGCUCAACAAAUGCACUGCGUCGCCGCAGCAUCCCUUCCACAAGUUUGGCACUGGUAACCGCGAAACCUUGGAGACUAUUCCCAAGGCCCGCGGCAUCAACGUGCGAGAUGAACUGCUGAAGUUCCACGACAAGUGGUACUCUUCCAACAUCAUGACCCUUGUGGUUUUGGGGAAAGAGUCCCUAGACGAGCUGGAAGCUAUGGUAGUACCCCUAUUCUCGGCCGUAGAGGACACCUCGGUGAUAGCCCCCUCGUGGCCGGAACAUCCGUUUCCGCCGGAGUUGCGCCGCAAGAGGGCGUACUGUGUUCCGGUGAAGGAUCUCCGGUCGUUGUCCAUAGACUUCCCUAUACCGGACACCAGGAAACACUACAAGAGUGGGCCAGGCCACUACCUGUCCCACCUGCUGGGGCACGAGGGACCCGGCAGUUUGCUGUCUGCGUUAAAGGAACGGGGCUGGUGUAAUAGCUUAGUGGGUGGCACUCGUAUAGGUGCUCGCGGGUUUGGCUUCUUCGGCGUACAAGUGGACCUCACCGAAGACGGAGUCGAACAUAUCGACGACAUCGUUAAACUGGUGUUCCAGUACAUCUCAAUGGUGCGAUCCGAGGGUCCCCAACGCUGGGUUUGGGAGGAACAGAAAGACCUUAUGGCCAUGGAGUUUAGGUUCAAAGACGCGCAGGAACCCAGGGCUUUAGUCACUGGACACGUACAUUUGUUGCAGGAGUUUCCUAUGGAAGACGUAUUGAGCGCAUACUACUUGCUAUCAGAAUGGAGACCGGAUCUGAUUGAGGAGUUGCUGUCCCUUCUGGUUCCUGACAAUGUGCGUGUGGGCAGCGUGGCCAAAUGUUUCACUGAAAAAUGCACGCAAACGGAACCGUGGUACGGAACCAAGUACUUGCAAGAAGACAUUGAACCUGAGAGAAUUAAGGAAUGGAAAUCUGUAUCGCCAGCUCCCGAGCUUCGAAUGCCGCCUCCCAACGAGUUUAUACCGACGAGACUCGAACUGGAGACCUCGGAGGACGCGACGUUAGAAGGGACAACGCCCGCGAUCAUUAAGGAUUCUCCCCUGAUGCGGCUAUGGUUUAAGCGCGACAACGAGUUCCACCUGCCGAAGGCUGUCAUCACAUUGGAUUUAGUCAGCCCAUUAGCCUAUGCGGAUCCUCUGAGCUGCAACCUGACCUCAGUGUGGGUGCUUCUGUUGCGCGAUGGGCUGCAGCAGUUCGCGUACGCGGGCGAGCUGGCGGGGCUGCGCUGGAGCCUCGGCAACGCCAAGUACGGCCUCAGUAUAACCAUAGACGGCUAUGAUGACAAACAACACGUUCUACUGGAGAAGAUUAUAGACCACCUGGUCAGCUUCAAGGCGGACCCGCAGCGGUUCCACAUCAUGAAGGAGAACCACAUCCGCGCCAUCAAGAACUUCGAGGCCGAGCAGCCGUACCAGCAUGCAGUAUACCAGCAGGCUUUGUGCUUAUCAGACGUGGUUUGGACGCGAUGCCAACUUAUGGAUGCAGCUGAGACCAUGACCCCGGAAAUGCUGGACGAUUACGCCUGUCGCAUGAUGCACCGAGUCCAUAUAGAAGGGCUGAUGUUUGGCAACAUCACCAGGGAGAGAGCGAUCAACAUCGCAGACACUAUAGAGAACAAAUUACCGAAGAACGCCACUCCAUUAUUAGCACAGCAGCUGUUAUUACAUAGAGAAAUUGAACUGGAAAAGGGUACUGAAUACCUACGCGAGACCAAUAAUUCAGUGCACAAGUCGUCGUGUGCGUCAUUGUACUACGCGUGUGGAGUGAGGUCUUCACGACAGAACGUGGCUUUGGAACUGUUGGCUCAGGCACUGUCGGAACCCUGCUUCAGCGUGCUAAGGACCAAGGAACAACUAGGUUACAUAGUGUUCAGUGGCGUGCGGCGUUCAAACGGAGUCCAGGGUUUGAGGGUCAUAGUGCAGAGUGACAGGCAUCCUUCCUACGUCGAGGAUAGGAUAGAGGCGUUCCUAGAAGGGGCUCUGGAAUACUUGGAGAAAAUGAGCGACGAAGAGUUUCUGAAACACAGGGCGGCUCUGGCGGCCCAACGGUUGGAGAAACCAAAACGGAUGGCGUCCAGAGCUUCUCAGAUAUGGACAGAGAUCACAUCACAGGUUUAUAAUUUCGACCGGCCCCGAGUUGAAGUGGAACAACUGAACACUAUCACGAAGGAAGAACUCAUACAGUUCUAUAAGACAUAUAUUUGGCAAGACUCGCCUGAUAGGCAAAAGCUGUCAGUGCACGUUAUAUCGACGGCCGAAGGUGGCGCCGGUCGAGACGACAACGACAACGACAAGAAACCACAGAAGAGAGACGACAACGACAGAACGCCCGUUGUCAUCACGGAUUUAGUAGAAUUCAAGUCAAGAAGACCGCUGUACCCUCAUCCUAUACCGUUCACGAAUAUACCACGGAAAGGAGCCCACUGCAAACUAUGAGAAAGUGCGAAAAUGAACCUUAUGGACCAGCUAUUAAAGUACAUAAUGUAAUACAGCUCUAAACUACGUAAAAGUACCCCUUAGGAGCGCAAAUAUUAAACCUUACAUAUUUACAAUUAAAGUUGAAAGCUGUUGUUUACGAAAGUAAACUUUAUACCACUACACUUAAAGUGCACAAUACUUUGAAUGUAUUUAAUGUUAAGAAAUAGAUAGCUGAUUAGGUCAAUUUACAAUAGGGAUGUUGACAGUUAGCUAAUAUCUAUUUAGACCGUCAGUUAUGGACGAAAAAUGUAUGGAAAGAAGACGUCUCAUACAUAUUUGUAUGGGACUUGCGCUAGGUCUUGGGGGUGAUCCUUAAAGUACGUCACACUUAUUUCGUGAUAUUUACUUAAAAAAGUAAGUCAACAUCCCUAUUGUUAUAUUUACAAAGUACACAACAAUGAUAUUAAUACACUAAUUUUAAAACUGAUGACGUUAAAGAAAAAUAACUAGAAAAAAAUUCCACGCGGACCAUGCAGCAGAC